UGUCAGGACGUCUUUAAGGAUCCAGUUCUUCUGUCAUGUAGCCACAGCUUCUGUAAGGAGUGUCUGAAGAACUGCUGGAGAGUAGGAAAUGAACGACAAUGUCCUUUUUGUAGGAAGCAGUCAAGAACGGAUGAUCCUCCCUGUAAUCUGGUUCUGAAGAACCUGUGUGGGACCUUCUUACAGCAGAGAGAGCAGAGAGCUUCAGAGGAUCUCUGCAGUCUGCACUCUAAGAAACUCAGACUCUUCUGUCUGGACCAUCAGCAGCCAGUGUGUCUCGUCUGCAGAGAUUCAGAAAAACACACCGGGCACAGAUUCAGACCCAUCGAUGAAGCUGCUCAGCAACACAAGAAGAAACUUCAGGAAACUCUGGAACCUUUGAAGGAGAAGCUGGAGCUCAAAAAGAAAGUUCAAGAGGAGUUUGAUCAGACAGCAGAACACAUGAAGGUCCAGCACCAACACACAGAGAGGCUGAUUAAGGAGCAGUUUAAGAAGCUUCAUCAGUUUCUAGCAGAGGAAGAGGAGGCCAGGCUGGCUGCACUGAGGGAGGAAGAG